GCGGAGCAGGAGCCGGGAAUCCCGGCGCUCCGGCUCUAGCCAGGCCCCCGGCGCGGGCCUCGGAGAGCGCGUGAGGGCGGGCAGCCCGUCGCCCCAGCCGACCACCCCGUGCCCCUGCGUCCCGGUGCCCCGGCGCCCGCGCGGCCACCAUGAUGCAGAUCUGCGACACCUACAACCAGAAGCACUCGCUCUUUAAUGCCAUGAACCGCUUCAUCGGCGCGGUGAACAACAUGGACCAGACGGUGAUGGUGCCCAGCCUGCUGCGCGACGUGCCCCUGGCCGAGCCCGGGCUGGACAACGACGUCGGCGUGGAGGUGGGCGGCAGUGGCGGCUGCCUGGAGGAGGGCACGCCCCCGGCCCCCGGCCCGGGCAGCGCCAACGGCAGCUUUUUCGCGCCUUCCCGGGACAUGUACAGCCACUACGUGCUGCUCAAGUCCAUCCGCAACGACAUCGAGUGGGGGGUCCUGCACCAGCCGCCGCCGCCGGCGGGGAGCGAGGAGGGCAACGCCUGGAAGUCCAAGGACAUCCUGGUGGACCUGAGCCACCUAGAGGGCGCGGAAGCCGGCGAGGAGGACCUGGAACAGCAGUUCCACUACCACCUGCGCGGGCUGCACACUGUGCUCUCCAAACUCACGCGUAAAGCCAACAUCCUCACCAACAGAUACAAGCAGGAGAUCGGCUUCAGCAAUUGGGGCCACUGAGGCGGGACGCCCGCGGCUGCCCAGCACCCUUCCUGGCCCCAUCUCUCACCCUCUUUCCCUCAAAGCUAUUUUCUUUCCGGCUGUAGGGCGCGAUGGGCGAUGGGCGGACGGCAAAUUUGGCGGGGG